UGAAGAUCAUCUCUCUUUUGCUGUUGUUACUGGUUCGUCUCGGUUUGAGGCCGUCUGAAUGGGGGCGCUUCACUUCCGGCUGGGGGAGGGGAGGAAGACCGUCCUGGGGGAGGGGGAAAACAUAACCCAUUUCCUGUGGGGGUAGGGUGAUGGAUUGGGGGUGUCCAACUCCCUUCUAGUGCCGGUGAAGGCUUGAAAAGGUGAUACUUGGUGCCAUUUGCAUAGACGGUAUCUUAAAGCCUUGGGAUUGUGUUUUACGUGAAAAGUUAUGUUGUUCCACAAAGUUGUGCUAAUCACCAGCCUCCAGUCAGAAUUUGAGUUUUGUUUCCAUGUGUAAGAUGGAAAAUUUCCUUCCCCCAAAUUUUUUUAAAUGCCUUCAUCAAAGUAUUUGAAGACCCUUGUUAAAAUUUCUCAGUUGUACAAGACAGACUUUCUUGUGUGAUUAAUGAAUUGCCCACCUCUGCUCCCCUACUCAAGUCCAACCUUGACUGAGUGAGGUAUAGUGGUGUUCUCUGCCUUGACAUGCCACAGGAACUCUGUAGCUGCUCUUAUAAGGAGGUGGUUCAUUACAGGACUCAAUGGUUUACAUAAAUUAUGAGGCAUUUUCGCCUUACAAACGUGGAAGUAUUGUACUGAAGUACUGAAAUACUUGGUAUUACCUCGACUGAUAACCAUUGUUAUCUUAAAUUCUUAGGCCUGUUUAUUUUAGGCUACAGAUUUUACUCUGUACCUGAAAACAAGUUCCUCAGCCUUAAAAAUUCUUACAUGUAACUUAACAUAUAGCAUUUGUGAAAGUUGUGCUUUAGUACAUUUUUCCCCUUUAUAAUUUAAUUAAUGUCAGCACCAAUUAAAAACUGGUAUCUGCUCUUUGUGGUUUUAAACCAUGGUGCAAGGAUCAUGGUACUCAGCUAGAUUUUAAAGUGGUAAUAAACACAAUUUUGAUUCCUUGGCUGCUCCUUUCAGGUACCACUGUGUGUGCGUGUACUGAAGGAAUCAAACUUUUUGGAGCUUAUGAAAUCUCAACUUUAGUAAUUUUAGAACAUCAAGUGAACUGUAAUGUCUUUUUAAAGACAUUUUGAAAGAAGAGAUGGAAACCUUGAUGACCAGCUCUACCCUGCCACCCCUUUUUGCAGAGGAAGAUGGCUCCAAGGAGAGUAAUGAUCUGGCCACAACUGGGUUAACCCACCCAGAGGUUCCAUAUAGUAGUGGAGCCACAUCAUCCACCAACAAUCCAGAAUUUGUGGAGGAUCUCUCCCAAGGUCAGUUGCUUCAGAAUGAGGCUUCAAAUACAGCAGAAGGCACUGAACAGAGGCAUGAAGAUGAGCAAAGAAGUAAACGAGGAGGUUGGUCCAAAGGAAGAAAGAGGAAGAAACCUCUUCGAGACAGCAACGCACCCAAAUCCCCCCUUACAGGAUAUGUUCGAUUCAUGAACGAGCGUCGAGAACAGCUUCGAGCAAAAAGACCAGAAGUCCCAUUUCCAGAAAUCACAAGGAUGUUAGGCAAUGAAUGGAGUAAACUGCCCCCUGAGGAAAAACAGCGCUACCUUGAUGAAGCAGACAGAGAUAAGGAGCGUUACAUGAAGGAACUGGAGCAGUAUCAGAAGACUGAGGCCUACAAGGUCUUCAGUAGGAAAACCCAGGACCGUCAGAAAGGCAAAUCUCAUAGGCAAGAUGCAGCCCGACAGGCCACUCAUGAUCAUGAGAAAGAAACAGAAGUAAAGGAACGGUCUGUUUUUGACAUUCCUAUAUUUACAGAGGAAUUCCUGAACCACAGCAAAGCCCGGGAGGCAGAGCUCCGCCAGCUUCGCAAAUCCAACAUGGAGUUUGAGGAGAGGAAUGCAGCCCUGCAAAAGCACGUGGAGAGCAUGCGCACAGCAGUGGAGAAGCUGGAGGUGGAUGUGAUCCAGGAGCGGAGCCGCAACACGGUCUUACAGCAGCACCUGGAGACCCUGCGGCAGGUGUUGACCAGCAGCUUUGCCAGCAUGCCCUUGCCUGGAAGUGGAGAGACACCUACAGUGGACACCAUUGACUCAUAUAUGAACAGACUGCACAGUAUUAUUUUAGCUAAUCCCCAAGACAAUGAAAACUUCAUAGCUACAGUUCGAGAAGUUGUGAACAGGCUUGAUCGUUAGGGAAUGGUCUUAGAGCUCCGUGGUGUUCUGUGAGUGGUUUUACUUGUGAGGAAUGAGAAGCCAUCCAUGGAAAUUUGAACUGAGCGGAGGCAGAGAGGGGGCACAGAUUGCUCUGCUUGGGGAAGAACUGUCAGUUAGGAGCUAAAUGCCUUCACCCCGGGAAGCCAUGUGAGGGAGCAGCCAGAGGAACAUGGAUGCACUCUUCGUGUGGCACCGGCCUUGUGCAGCUUUGAAAGCGUACAGCCGCUCUCCCAAGUCUUCAGUUUCCUGUCAUCUGCAUUUCUGAUCAAGUGGGUCUGCGGAUAUUCUGCUGACCGGGCAACCCUGACACUGACAUCUUCUGUAGCAGAAAGGAAACCUUCUCAUUGUUCCCCUUCAGAUGGGACCCUUUUAUCUGUGGCUCCAGUUUUCUUACCUAGCUGUCACUUUUUUUUUGUAAUGCCUUUGGGGGUUAUUUUUUAUUUCCUUCACCCCCACCAAGUUAUACAUCUCCAUUUUCUGACCUCUGGGCUUUGUUGCUCAGCUGGCUCUGAAGGAGAGUUUCUCUCAUUGGACAGGCCCAGGCUUCUCCCAUCAUUGUCCUGCUGUGACUCCACAGAAAGGAGCUUCUUGUUGACAGUGUCCUGUAGAGCAGGCUGUGUUUCUUACCCCACAUGGCACUCAGUGGGUGCCAGCCCUCAUCGAGGCUUUGUGAUUGCUGCCCUGAAGGAGAAUGCUCUUUCCUUCCUCCUUGGUACUGCCUGCUGUUUUCUAAGCAUUGCUCCUGCACAUACACGGUGUCCCAGCCCCAGCAAGGCUCUUCUGUUCCCAUCUGUUGGCAGUGUCUUGUGGAGCAUUUUCGCUGAGGAAAAGGUCACUGGUAAACAGGAGAGAAUGGGGAAAGUCGUUUCUGAUUUGGGAUUGGAGAAAAGGAAAAAAAAAACAAAAACAAAAACCCAAAGUCUAUCAUGAAGGAAAACUGAGGGAAUCCCUGUCUGCUUUAGGUGUACUGAUGCUCCGGUGGGGAUAGGUGGAAAUGUUCAAAAUAGUCUCUUGAGCUGACAAACAAGGGCACAGAGGAAUUUGUCUUUCCUCUGUAGCCACAACUGCAAAAUCUAUGUCAAAAGGACGGGCUUCCCUUCCUUUUCCCCUCUCAGUAAGUGAUUUUUUUAACACCACAAGGGGAGAGAGGUUUCUGAUUCUCACCUCAGGGUUUGGUUUUGUUUUGUUUUGUUUUGAUGCUCUAGAGCACAAGGCUGACAGUUGCAGCUGAGAUCUUUGGAACCAAAGUGGGGCAUGCUGAGCCCAUUGUCUAGGCACCGUGCCACUGAAGCAGGUGGAAAUGUGUCCCCCUCACAAUCUGCUCAUAAGCCAGGGUGCAAGCCAGAAACCCCCUGUCGUGUUGCUGCCCCAUCCUGUCUUCUCAGCAUCUCCUUACCUGAUUUCUUUAUUAGCCCAAAGGAAAGAAAAUAACAACAAAAGCAACCUUUUUGCAAAAUGUUAUGUGAGCACACAUCAAAUUUCCGUGCACUGAAGCCUACAUACAACCACUUGACAACUUCCUAGAAUAAGAGCCCAUCAUUCCUUGUUGCUAUAAACCUAGCUUGCUUUUCUGUAUUUUCCUGUUUUUCUGCCCUCGCCUGCUGUUCCUGUCACUUCUCUCAGACUCCUCGCCUGCUCAGUCCAAGCUAGAACACCGUGUGUGUGGCAGAAGGACAGCCAAGCCAGUUCUGGAAGUUUGCGCCUGCCUUCUGCCAGACACUUUGUCUCCUUUCUUCUUUCCUCCUGAUACUUGUCUCUUUCUCCUUUGUGUCAGUUUUGUGCACCUUUGUUAGCAGUGCUGUUGACCGGAAAGACUGCACCUUGGUCCAAAGAUUGGUUCAAAGAUCAUCAUUCUCCCGACUGUAGAUAGGACAUCUGACAUUGAUUUGAAACCUUUGCAUAUUCAGGAAUGUCCCAGAUCUUGGGAGAGAACUACAGUCUAAAACCAUUGUCACAAAAUACACAACCUGCUUUUGAAAUCCCGGCUGUCUCGGUAUCUACACACCUGACUUUGGUGGCUGGGAUUCAGCUGCCACAAAACUGUCAGACUCUGUAAAGCAGGUCUGUGGUACCACCCCCCCCCCCCAGGAGGGGGUGAAUGAGGUUACAGACUAACGCGGUACCUAAUUCAUGUUUCCCAAUAAACCAGUAGCUAUUCCUGCACACUUACAUGUUCUUCUCAAGAAAUUAGUUGUGGCCUAUUCAGUGUUACACAUUUCUUUUUUUCUUUAAUUAAAACCCAAGGAGCAGCUGAGGAAAGUUAAGACAAAGUGUUUUAUUUCUGACAACAUUAAAUUUUAGAAAAAAAAAUUGUGUACAUGUGUUUGGAACUGUUAAAAUGCCAAGUUUUCUGUACAAGUGUUUUUGUAAUUAAACUUUUAGAUUUUCUUUGUUUUUGAAGAAGUUGAUAUGCUUGCUUGACACUUGCCUCAUUAAAACUUUUCU